AUGUUCAGGUUUAUUUUUAUAAUUAUUAAAGAGCUUCUUAGAAGAAAUAAAUGUUGCGUAAGGUUCACGGCUUUUAUAUUUAUUUUUCUUAUCAUAUUAAUUGCUGUGUUAAGUGCAAGAGAGAAAUAUUCCAAAGAGACGGAAAAACUGUUAACUCUAAUUUUAUCAGAAGCAUUUGACUGUUGCAAUGCCGUUAAGAACGAACCUUUUAUUGCUUUAUCUUCUGAACAUCUUAUGCAAGCCAUUGCAUUACUUAAAUAUUUGAAUAAAGAAACAAUAUGUGGAAGAGAAAUGGGUGUUGAAACGAAGUUUGAUAUAAUAAAACCUUGGUCGUGGAAUUUUUGUGUCGAAGGCGAUUGUAAUAUCAAAGGAGUAUGUUUUAUUAUUGAGUGACUUUAAAAAAUUUUUAUAUUCUUAUCUUAACGCGGGAGAUACGUUCCUAGAUGACAAAGCGUUAAACGAAACAGC